UCAAUUGAUAAUGGAUUCCAGAUCUUUGGUGAGACAUUAAAUUUAAUCGGUAAGAUACCGUUAGAACAAAAACUAGAUCCUUCUUGUAGAGAAGAAUUGGUUUCUGAAAUCAUUAAAUUGACAGAUUUAGAUAAUAUACCUGAAAUAACUAAUAAAGUUUCAAAAAGUUAUUCAGAAAAUUUACUGUUAGCAUCAUUGAAAUUCAUUAAUGAAUUUAACUCAAAUAUCGAAGAUUGGGGUAUAAAUAAAUUGAAUUCAUUCAUGGGGAUAUUUUUAUUUGAUCAAUAUGUUGACUCAAUUAAACAUUUAGCAACAUUUGUUGAGAAAGAAAAAAAUAAUUUAAAUGAAGAGAUUAUAAUAAUUCUAUUUGAAAAUUGUAUCACUUAUUUAUCAAAAAUGAAUUUCAAACAAUUAGAAACUGUAUUUGAAACUUUGACAGCUGUAACACCAAAUGUAUCAUCUGAACUUUUAUACAAACUUUCUUUAUCAAAAAAAUCACUAUCACAGCAGUUUUUGGAAACUUUAUUAACAAAAGGCUUAACAAAUGCAAAAGAUUCAAAUAUUUAUGAUAAGGAAUUUUGGUCCCUAAUCACACAUAUAUUAGAAUUGGAUAUUGAAGUGGGUAUCAAACAUUGUGAAUUAUUAAUGGAUUUAAUAUUUGACCAACACCAGGGCCAUUAUCAGCAGACUAAUAUAAUUUGGAAAAAAUUAAUUACCUGUUAUAUUAAUGCAAGAGAAUUUACUAAAUUCUUAGAACUAUGGGAAAAUUAUUGUAUCAAGAAUGUCGCAAAGACCAAUUUAUUUUUAAAAGAUGCGCAUAUGGCAGAUUUUAUUUCUAGAAACUUAGUGUCAUUAUCAGUAAGUCAAUGGAUACAAUUAUUGAGUUCAAUGAAAUCCAAAAUUACUGAUAGUGCUGCAUCAGAUUUAGAGAUCUUAGUUCUUGAAGUGAUUCUACAAGGUUUAAAACAAUUAUCCUUUUCAGUCCUACCACAAUUGAAGGAUACAUUGAAUUCAAUUUAUAAUAUUGAAGAUACAAAAUUCUCCAUGUGGAGAUCAAGGUAUUUAUUAAUGGAAGUUUAUGACAAUGUUAUCUCACAAGAACAAUUAGAUAACAUAUCCACUCAAUCAUUUCAAAAAGCAACCAAGAAUGAUGAAGUUUCCAGAGAUUUAUUUUAUUAUUAUUUUAAAUUACGAGAAUAUAAAGAAUUUGAUUUAGAACCUGUCAUCAAACUGUUUAUUUCCUAUAUUGGUGAUAAAGAGCAGGAUAGUAUACGUGGCAGUAUAUUAAAAGACAUAUUUGUUAAUUGGAGCUCCCUGAUAAAUAGCGAAUUUGACAAAGAGUCAUUAAAAACUUUAAUCGAUUAUUUGAUUGAGGAUUCAAACAUAGACAUACUUGAAGUAUUAUUCAACAACGAUGACUUUUUUGAAGAAAGCAAUAUCAUCUUUCAACUUGUUUCAAAACUAUCUGAAAAAUUUGAAAAUGACAUCGCUGUGUUAUACUUAAGUAAUAUUCCAAUUCAAUGUUUUAAUAAGAAUACUAGAAUCGAAUUAAUAAAUAAAAUUAGUUCAAAAACUCACGCUACUUCAAAUGAUAAGAAUAUUAUUCUCCACCUACUUCAAUACCCAACUUUCAAAUCAAGCAUUGAACAUGAUAUAAGUAAGUUGUACAAUUUUUCAUUUGUAAACUCAGAAGAAUAUCCAGUUAAAAAUGAUGUCUUUGAGAAGGUUUGGUCUAAUCACUUAUCACAAAUUAAAGACGAAUCAAGUUCUACCUUCAUUAAGAAUUCCAUAAAUUUCAUUUUGCAAGGUGUUAAUGAGAAUGAUAGAUUUUUUACUAUGACGUUUUUAAUACUAAUAAACUCACCAGAACAAUUGGUGGAUGAGCUGAAAACUGUAUUCUUCAAGAGGGCAGCUCUAAUUAUUUCAGAUACAGCAGAUUUGAAAUUGAAAUCAAGUUUAAUGAGAUAUAUUUAUUCUAUUUUAAAAGUAGGACAUUUUGAAAUCGAAGAAACUGUUUCUAAAUCCUUAUUAAAGAAUAUCCAAUCACUUCAAAAUGCUGAUAUGGAUAAUAUUGACCUACCAUUGCUAUCGAAUUCAUUUCUACUGUAUUGCACUUUAUAUUCUGAUAAAAUUGAAUGGUUAUUUGCACAUUAUCUGGUAAUGAGAUCCUAUGGGAUAGAGUCAGACACAAUAUUACCGGGUGUUAAGUACGUUCUUUUAAAGCGUACUAAAUCCAAAAAUGAUGAAUUCAAUUCAUGCUUUACCAACGUUAUAAGUUCAUUAGCUUCGACCAAAUCUGAAUACACCGAAGGAGUUUUAGAACUAUAUAACACCCUAAUUGCUGCCAUCGAUGUAGGAAAUAGCGAAGCUUCAAUUUUAUUUGCUAAAUCUAUAUCUGUAUUUUUUACACAGAUUGAAGAAUACCUAGAUUUUAGAAAUGUUAUUCUUCAAGUGCUAAAUUCUAUCCAAGAGCUCUUGAUUGCAAAAUCCUGGUUAUUCAGUCAAUACACUAUCGAAUUGUUAUUUCCAAUAUGUAUAAGGCUGAAUCAAGCCUUUACUAAGGUUAAGGCAAAUAACGACGACAUUUACAUUAGCACUAACAAGGUAAUUUCUAAUAUCUUAUUAGUUCAUAGAAUCAAGUUGUCAAACCGUAACCAUUUAUUAAACAACCUUUUCUGCUCUCAGUUGGAAUUUUUAUCAAGAGAUAUAUCCAACGGACUUUCAUUUGAUUCUGCUAAGUCCCUUUCGAGAACUAUCACAAAUUAUUGUGAGCCAUCAAACAUAGUUACUAAAAGCUCGACUAAAAAUUCACUUGGAUCUAAUAUUAGUUUAAUAAAGAAGUCACUAAGAAAAGACAUUCCAAUUUUACUUGUGAAAUUUAUUCAUUUGUCGAUUACAAAGCCAUUUGAAGUUAACAUUAGAAAGGAAUUAAUUUCGUGCAUAUACUCAAUAUUUGAUAUCCUUUCGAGUAAUGAACUGAAUCUCGUAAAUGCAAUUCUGGACAAUUCAGGUAGACAGUACUUCAAAACCCUUUACGCUGAUUAUAAUAAGCUAGGAAAAUGGCGUGAAGACUGA